AUGGCCAACAAGGCUAAGACUCUCCUGAAAUUCACACUGUGACGAGCACUCGAAAUCUUUCUUGUUUGUCCUGUUUUUCAGCUGAGCGAAAAGCGUCUGACGGCAGCUUGUCGGCCUUUUCUCUCCGCUGACCGCUCAGGUAGGUAAGUAAGACAAACAGAAGAGCAUAAUGUAUAGAUUUGUUCGUGUCGCUUUCGUGUCUCUCUCAUGUCCUCUCUGUUUCUCUGUUUCUCCGCUUCGUCGGUCAUUGCGUGGUCCCUUGGUCCAUUCAGGUCAGUCCGAGCAGCACAAGCAUCAGCACCGCCGUCACACCUGGCCCGGCCAAAGCCAAACACGCCAAGGCUGCGACGCUUCCACCAUCGUCGACGGCGUCGGGGACGCACUGGUGUGACCUCUUUAACCUGCGGCUGCCAGACCCGCCCACCGACCAUCCACUCACUGGUCUUCAGAGGUGGAGGGGAGACCCCUCCUGCGGCCCCGAUGGUGAGGCGUGCGCGGCGGUCUCUGGACUGGACGAGAGCAAGCUCGUGCCUGCUUUCGUCCCUCUGCCCGGCUCAAGGCGACAGAGCUCUGCAGGCGACCAGAGCCCGACGCUGAGACGGGACGAGACGGUAAGUGAAAGACUAAAAUCCCCCCUACCUGUCUCCCUCUAUUUGGAUGGAUGGAUGGAUGGAUGCAGGGGCGCCAUGAGCCCUGACGGGGUCACGAUGGGGUGGCACGGUCGGACGCUGACGCGUGGGGAGAGGCACCAUCACUCAUAGUCGUCGCAAUUCCUGUGUGUGUGUGUAUCUGUCCGAUUGACGCCGAUGCGCUUCAUCUGUCUGUCGGUUUGUGUCGGUGUGUGUGUGAUGCAGCGCUGGAGAGGUAGCCGCAGCGUCUGGUGGUGUCAGGCUGUCCAGACGCCGACGACGGCCCAUUCGUCGACCUCAACGGUGUCUCCGCCAUCCUCCCCUCUCUCCACAACUGCCGCCCCCGAUGGCAGGCAGCGAAUCGGACACCUGCCCACACGCAAGAAGCAACGCACAACAGCCAAAUUCGGCCAGUAAAAACGUCUGGCGUGAGCACGUCUGUGAUCGAGAUACUGACAUGCAGUUGAACAUCACAACCACUGCAGACGAGGCAGGCCAAGGACAGAAAGAUAGUAUAGGUGUUGGGUGUGUGUGCGUGUGCGUGUGUGUGUGUCUGUGUGCAGGCGUCAAUGCAGGGCUGCCAACGACGGUAGAUCCCCUGGUUCCAACGAGCAUGCCCAGCAUCAUCUCUUCCGCCCUACCGGGUCGCGAGGUUCGGUGGCAUGCCAGUCAGUCAUGCGCACCCCUGUGUUGUGCACACCGUUCCCCAUUCACUAAUGUAUCAUGCAUGUAUGGAUGACUAUCGUCAGAUGUUGGCCACGACACUGAGCAGUAUGCAGCAUGCGUCAAAUGGGGCUCCGGCGUCAGCACACCAUGGACUGAUGUCUCCACAUCGGCAGGAGCCGAAGAGGUACAUGUAGCGGGAAAAACGACAUUCAUUGAUGCACAGCCGUUGGUCCACGUCUGUGCGCGUCUUGUGUUCUGUGUGCCCCAUGCAUCACACGGCUUUGUAUGCCGUGUUUGCUGGACAGGCUUCGACGUGGCGUUGUGGGGCGUGCCAGGGGGGGAAAUUAGCGUGCGCUGACUGAUAUAUGAGACAUGCACACAGAGGGGGAGGGAUCAUUCACUGUGUCUUCCUCUGUCUCUCUGUCCGUCCGUUUGUGUGUGCAGCACGACGUGCGCCGCUUCAUCACGAACGCACUCGUAGAUAGGCUGAAGGGCAUCAAGGUCAACAAAGUGGUGAGGGAGCUGAACCUGAUGCUGCUCAACAUAGACCGAGGGGACAAGACGGAGCAGACCAUCUCGGACAUCCUGCGGCUGCACGGGCGGUACAUCGAGAACGAGACCACCAAACAAGACUACUGGGUGAGCAAAGGAAGCUCCGGUCUGGCAUGAGCACGUCUGUGUCUCUCUGUGUGUGCGUCUUCCGUGCAGAUGAACGUGACAAGGACCGACGACGAGGCAAAAGAGAGGAAAAUCGCCGAAUACUGGCAGGGUAAGUGAGCAGAGUAGUUAGUAUGUAUUGGUUUUGUGUGUGGGCGCCCACCUCUUGUGUGUAUGUGUGUGUGUCAGAGGCGGACGUGAAGGAGAAGUAGCUGACACAUGCCCCUUGGUGCAGAUGAUGAAGACGAUGCAUCGUGAGCAGCAGCCCUUUCCACGGCCGCAUUCGCCGGAGCCGCCAAGGAAACCACGGCGCCGGAGAUGGCGCAACUUCAACGUGGACAGCGGCGAUGAAGGCGAUUGCGGUGUUGUGGAAAGGAGCUGCCCGUUCAAUUGCAGCAGAGCAGGCAGUCGGCCGGUGCACGUGGGAUUCCCUCGUGCACCUGUCGGUUCCUGCUUCAGCGGCGCGUGUCGGCGCCACGUUCACGAGGACCGCUCCGCACACCCCGAGCCCCCCUCUCACCCCCCUCCCUUGCCACAGCCACACCCGGCGUUCCCCCCACCCCCACCCCAUUCGUACUUCUUCCCGCCCUCUGCUAUGACAAUGGGCAUUCAUCUGCCGCGGCAUCACUUGAUGAUGCAGCCGCCACCUCUUGCAAUGGUGGCAGCAGCAGAAGCAGCCAACGCUCAUGACCAAGUGCACUUCCUGCCCAGGUGAUUCAUGAACUUCGAGUCAAGAAUGACCCUUAGUGAGAAUCAAAGCAAUGCGUGUUGAUGUCUCAGGUUUUCGGCUUCAGCUAGAUCGCUGGCUACGUUUUAUAUCGCGGCGUCCUUUCAUCCGAAUAUGCGCUGAGUGUGGCCGACUGCUCAUCAGCUGCAUCGAGACACACACAUACUCACAGUCUCCUGAAGCAGACUGAGGACUGCAGGGUGCAGGCGGCCAGCAGAAGAGAGGGGUACGCGACAACACAGCAGAGCCACACAGUAGCGAAUGGGGGGCUGAGAACGAGCCAGGGCAUCAUGAUAUUGUCUGUGUUGUGUCUGUCUGUGUUGUGUCUGUCUGUGUCUUGUCUGUCUGUGUGUGUGUGCAGCCGCUGCGUUUGGUGCCGAGGUUGAUGACGAAGACGGCAACUACGAUGACGAAGAUGAUGACGAGCAGGAGGAGAAGGAGCCCCACCGCAGCCCAUCCUAG